AGGCCAGCCCCUCUUCAAACCCUCGGGGGUACCCACCCCUCCCCACUGAGCCCCCCACCCCGAGCGCUCGGGGACCGAGGUGGCUCCAGUGCCACGGGCAGCCCGAGGGGACCCACGAGUGUGUCCCCAACCUGCGUGUCCCCGCCCUGGGAUUCAACCCAGCCCUGGGGCAGGAGCGGGGCGGGAGGCGGGGCCGGCGCUGGUUCGGGGCGGGCGAUGGUCCCGGUGCGGUGGGAGCGAUGGCGGCCGCUGUGCCCGCCGUGACUCAGCCGGGGCUCUGACGCAGCCCCGCUGUCGCCAUGGAGGCCGCUCCGGCUGCCGGCGGAGCCGCUGCGGCGGGAUCCACGGACACGGCUCCCAGCAGCGCCCGCUGCGGCGGGGGCGUCCCCGGCCGUGCUGCCCCGGACCCCUCCAGACCCCCCGCACCCCCGGACCCCGCGGCGGGGCCGUGACGCGGCGGCCCCGCGGGGAGGAGCCUCCCCCUCCCCGCUCCGCUCCCGCCAUCGCCAAACUUUCCGCUCGCUCCCGGUCGCCGCCGCCGCCUCCCUCGCACUUGGCACCGGGGCUGAGCCCCCGACCCCGCCCCGCAGCGGGUGACGCCGGCAGGAGCUGCGGACCCGCCGCCAGCACCGCCGGGUCCCGGGGCUGCCGGCCGGCGCGGGAGGACGGGUCAGAGCGGCGGGGGGCGGCGGGGGGGAGCGGAGCCGGUGCCCAUGUGCCCGCGGGCCCGGCGGGGCCAUGAAGCGGCGAUGGCGGCCGGCGGGGGGACCCUCCGGCCCUGGAAACCCGACCCGGGGCAGGCGGAGGGCGCUCGGCCGUCCCCGGGGCCGUCGCUGCCCCUGACCCUCACGGUCCUGGCCUGGCUGGGCACCGGCAGCACCAUGGCCGGCCUCAACAAAUGGAUCUUCGCCACCCACGGCUUCCGCUACCCGCUGCUGCUGUCGGCGCUGCACAUGCUGUCGGGGGUGGCCGUGGGGUACCCGCUGGGCUGGGCGCGGGGACCGGCCCCACCGGCCCCCCGGCCCCGCGCCAGGAUCUACCUGCUGAGCCUCACCUUCUGCACCAGCGUGGGCCUGGGCAACCUGGGCCUGAGCUACGUGCAGCUGGACGUGGCGCAGGCGGUGGCCACCACCACGCCGCUGGUCACGCUGCUGCUGUCGGGGCUGCUGGGCGGCCGGCGGCACCACCCGCUGCAGUACGUGGCCAUGGGGCCCGUGUGCGCCGGGGCCGCCUGCAGCAUCGCCGGCGGGCUGCGCUUCCACCAGCCCGGCUGCGCCUUCCUCCUGGCCGCCACCGUGCUCCGCUCCCUCAAGUCCCUGCAGCAGAGUCUGCUGCUGCAGGAGGACCGGUUGGACGCGCGCCGCCUGCUCUGCCUGACGUCCCUGCCCAGCUUCUGCCUGCUCUUCGGGGCGGCCGUGGCGCUGGAGCUGGGCCCCUCCUGGGAGGGCGUCCUGCGCUACGACGGGACCCUCUGGGCCUGCGUCCUGCUCAGCUGCCUGGCCUCCGUGCUCUACAACCUGGCCACCUUCUGCGUCCUCUCCCUCACCUCCGCCCUCACCGUCCACGUCCUGGGCAACAUCACUGUGGUGGGCAACCUGCUGCUGUCCCGCCUGCUCUUCGGCACCCACCUGAGCGGGCUGGGCUACCUGGGCAUCGCCCUGACGCUGGCCGGGAUGUUCAUGUACCACCAGCCGCACCUCAUCGCCGCGCACUGGGCGGCACGGCCGGGACGGGGGCACCCCCGGCCGGAGUAGGGACUGCUGGGGACCGGGCAGGGGGCGGGCAGAGCUCUGCUGUGUGCACCGGGCAGGGCGUGCGGGUGUGCGCAGCUCUGCGGUGCACGGGAGGGCUGGUGUGCACGUGUGUGCCGGUGUGCGUGGUACUACGCACACAGGUGUGCAGGCGCGCGUGGCUCUCUGCGCACAUAUGCGCGUGGUAUGGCACGUGUGGGUGUGCUGGCGUGCACGGCGUUGUGUGCGUAUGUGUGCUGGUGUGCACACGUGCUGCUGUGCACAGUUCUGUGCCGGUGUGUGCAGGGCUGUGUGCCCAUGCGUUUGCGGCUGUGCAGGGAACCUGUGUGUACGUGUGCUGGUUUGCACAGCUCUGUGUGCAUGUGUCUGCUGGUGUGCAUGGCACUGUGCACAGGGUGUGCACAGGCUCUUUGUGCACCCAUGUGUUGUGUGUGCAGCUCUGUGCACGCGUGUGUUUCUGUGCGUGUGUCUUCUGAUGUGUGUGGCACUGUGUGUGUGUGUGCUGGUGUGCACAGCUCUGUGUUCACGUGCUGGUGUGCACAGCCCUGCGCACAUGUGUGUGUUGAUGCGCACAGACUGUGGUGCAGUGGGUCUGUGUGCAUGGCUCUGGGUGUGCAGUGGAUGUGUGCACGGCUCUGGGUGUGUGUGGGCAUGUCUGGGUGUGCACAGGCUCUGCAAGUGUGUGUGGGUCUCUGUGUGUGGCUAUGCAUGCAUGGGGCACGAGUGUGUUGGUGUGUGAAGGCUCUGUGUGUGCAAGCAGGUCUCACACAUGUGAGCACGUGUGCAUUGGUGUGGACUCGGUACGUGUGAGCAUGUCUGUGUGCACAGCUCUUUGUGCACGUGGGCGUGCAUGUGCUGGUGUGCACAGGUUGUGUGUGGCUGUGUGUGCAGAGCACGCGUGCACACGUGUUGCUGUGCACAGGCUCUGUGUGUGCGUGGGUCGCUGCCCACAGCUCUGCAUGGGCCACGUGUGUGUUGGCGCGUGCAAGCAGAUGUCACGUGUGGGCAGGUGUGCUGCUGCGCGCAGGUACUACGUGCACAGGCGUGUCAGUGCAGAGCCUCUGUCCUCAUGUAUGGUUGUCUGCACGGAUUCCAUGUGUGCAAAUGCACCUCUGAGUGUGCCUGGCUCUGUGUGCAGGGUGUGUGUGUGCAGGUGACAGGAGCAGCUGUGCUCACAGGCUCUGUGCGGGUGAGCAGGGCCCCGUGUGUGCAUGCACUGUGUGCAGCAGCUCCACACGUGUCCCCGUGCGCACACGCAGGCUGGGCACGCGCAGGGCCGUGGCUGUGGAUGCACAGAUGUGUGCGCCUGAGUGUUGUCCUGCCUGGGGAAACACAGAACAGCACCUGUGUGUGUGUGUGCGUGUGCGUGCGCAUACAUGUUUGUGUACCCGUGUGUGUGUACACGUAUGUGUGUGUACAUGUGUCUGUGUGUGCACACGUGUGUGUACACGCGUGUGUGUCACUGCUGAGCUCUGCUGGCUGGAGUGAACCCGGGGCUGUGCACACACAUGGUUCUCGUGGCCAAACAAGAUGCCCAGGGAUGGGGUGGGUGAGUGUCCCCUUUCCUGUCCCCAACUCCACCGUGUCAUCCUGAUCCCAUGGAGCUGCUGAUGGCACUGCCAGCGCUGUCGGUGUCCCCACCCUGUCCUGCUGGCCACCAGGGCUCCAGCUCCGGUCGCAUCUCCCACCUGGCUGUGGCUGAGCAGGCAGGAGCAGACAGGGCUGCCUCAUACAGCCCAGCGAAGGGGACGGGGACGGCUCAGACCCACUCGCCAUCGCUCCGGGACAGCGCUGGGCUGCGUGGCAAAGGGACGUCCCAGCGGGUGUGUGCCCUGGCACCGACACCGGCACACACGUGUGUGCCCGGCCCGACGGGCGCACCGGCAGCACUGCAAGCAGUGCCUGUGGUGGCUGCUGCGCUCACCGUCUCUGCGCCGGGGCCGAUGGACCCAGCUCUGAUUGCACUUGUCCUGAAAUAAAGCUCUAUUUUUGUCGUACUCCA